GCCGGCGACGCCGCUGCGCGCUGACGUCGCGCGCGGCCGGUGCGAGCGGUGUGGCGGCGCGCGGCGAUGGGGCAGCCCCGGCGGCGCAGGGGGGGCGCCGCGCUCGGCCGGUCCUUCUCCUCUACAAAGAAGUUUUGUUGCCAAGAUUUACUCUGAAAAUGACCUGCACUACUAAAUGCAGCUGUCUGCAAAUGUAAAGCCAACAAAUCAUAUCUCCCUCCCUCCUCUGAAUUUCCUAUUUCCUGUGGAAUUUAUAUUUCAAAGUAUUUUUGAAAAUAGAUCUUUAUUGAGGACAUUUGGAUUACAACUGUGAGCAUAUCUAUGCAAAGAGACGAGUGAGUCUGAGCAAUUUCAAGUUUUGUUCAGUGGAGGGACUGCUGUAUGUCAGCCAUGCUAAAGGGCAAGUGAUGGAGCUCUGAACCGAGUGCUUCAGCAGAUCAGAGUGCCACCUAAAAUGAAGAGAGGGACAAGCCUGCACAGCAGGCGGGGCAAGACGGACCCUCCAAAAGGAAGUCCACAGAUCAACAGGAGGUCUGCCCAAGAUAUUCAAUCAGGUCGGCCCAGAUCAUCGUCUACUACAGAUGCUCCCACGAACUUGUCUGUGAUGGAGAUUGCUUCUUCCCUCUAUGUAGGUGGAGAGGAGGCCACAGCAGCAGCAAGAGCAAGACUCACUUCAGAUGUGUUCCUGACGGGAGGAAGCGAUCUCCAGUUCUGUGCAGUGACUUUGAAGCCUACAAAUGUAAAUGAGAAGAUCGAGCGAUUGGAAGUCAGCAGCCUAGCGCAGACCUCUAGUGCAGUGGCCUCGAGCACUGAUGGCAGCAUCAAUGCAGACUCUGUUGAUGGGACCCCAGAUCCUCAGCGUACAAAAGUGGCUAUCACACAUCUGCAACAGAAGAUACUGAAGUUGACUGAGCAGAUCAAAAUCGAACAAACAGCCCGUGAUGACAAUGUGGCAGAGUACCUGAAACUAGCCAACAACGCAGACAAGCAGCAGAGCGCCCGUAUUAAGCAAGUGUUUGAGAAGAAAAAUCAGAAGUCCGCCCAGACGAUCUUGCAGCUGCAGAAGAAACUAGAGCAUUACCAUCGAAAGCUACGAGAAAUUGAACAGAAUGGGAUGCCGCGGCAGCCAAAGGAUGUCUUCAGGGAUAUGCAUCAGGGAUUGAAAGAUGUUGGAGCUAAAGUCACUGGCUUCAGUGAGGGAGUAGUAGAUAGUGUUAAAGGUGGGCUUUCCAGUUUCUCCCAAGCCACACAUUCAGCAGCAGGAGCUGUGGUUUCCAAACCCCGUGAGAUUGCCUCCCUCAUAAGGAACAAGUUUGGGAGCGCAGACAAUAUUGCUAAUCUGAAAGACUCUUUAGAAGAAGGCCAGGAAGAUGGGACAGGAGGCAAGGCUCUAGGUGUUAUCCAGAACUUUCAGUCAAGCCCAAAAUAUGGCAGUGAGGAGGAUUGCUCCAGUGCCACGUCAGGCUCAGUGGGAGCCAACAGCACAACAGGGGGCCCUGUGGGAGCUUCCAGCUCCAAAACAAACACUCUGGAUAUGCAGAGCUCAGGGUUUGAUGCAAUACUACAUGAGAUUCAAGAAAUUCGGGAGACACAGGCAAGACUGGAAGAAUCAUUUGAGGACCUUAAGGUUCGCUAUCAGAGGGAUUACUCACUAAUAAUGCAGACUUUGCAGGAGGAGCGGUACAGAUGUGAAAGACUCGAAGAGCAGCUAAACGACCUGACUGAGCUCCACCAGAAUGAGAUCCUGAAUCUGAAACAGGAGCUGGCCAGCAUGGAGGAGAAAAUUGCCUACCAGUCUUAUGAGCGAGCCCGGGACAUCCAGGAGGCACUGGAAGCGUGCCAGACCCGCAUCUCCAAGAUGGAACUGCAGCAGCAGCAGCAGCAGGUGGUGCAGCUGGAGGGUCUGGAGAAUGCCACAGCCAGGAACCUGCUGGGGAAGUUCAUCAACAUCCUCCUGGCUGUCAUGGCAGUCCUCCUUGUCUUCGUCUCCACUGUGGCCAACUGUGUCGUGCCCCUCAUGAAAACUCGCAAUAGGACGUUCAGCACUUUAUUCAUAGUGGUUUUCAUUGCCUUUUUGUGGAAGCACUGGGAUGCCAUCUCUGGCUACUUGGAACGGUUCUUGUCUCCCCCCAGAUGAUGGCAUGAGGAAUUGGCUGCGUCGCUCCCCUCCCAUCACGCUCAGUGAGCAAGCGUGGCAAAGAUUAGUCAGCAACUACUCCGCUGAAGUUUUAAAGUGUCCGAGUGAAUUUGUUUACAUUUAGAAUAACGUUUUUUCUCUGCAAGAUGCAUUGCAAUAGUAUUUUUUAGAUUUUAUUCAAGAACUCUUUUUUGGCGAGAAUCCUGGAUAAUUUUUAUGUAGCAUGGUUCUCUUUGGAUGCAAAUCUUAAGAUUCUUUAAAGUGUACAAAAGAAAUAAAUAAAACACAGAAAUUUGGAGCAUA